GGACGCACCUGCGACUUCGUGGCGGCAGCGCCCGAUCCCUCCGGCACCAACCGGCACCGGCAGCGGCUCCGGCCAUGGGGCGGCGGGCGGGCUGCUCGGUCCCGCUCUGCCUCCUCGUGCUCCUGCUCCAGAGCGGGCAGCGGCUGUGCCAGCGGGCAGCGUCGUGCCAGCCCGGCUUCGCCGCCGAGACCUUCGCCCUGACGGCGCCGCGGGACAGCGUGGCGGCGGGACGGGCACUGGGACGGGUGAGCUUUCAGGACUGUGGCGAGUCGCGCCGUGCCGCCUUCCUCCCGGAUGACACGCGCUUCAAGGUGAGCAGGGAUGGCAUUGUCUCUGCCACCCGGCCCCUGCAGCUCCAGCAGCGGGACAUCACCUUCGCUGUGCACACCUGGGACACCACGGGCAAGAAGCAUUCGGCCAAGGUGACCCUGCGCCCCCGGCGGCAGCAGCACCGGCACCACGAGCGCAUGCAGCAGGGCACAGUGCCGGACGUGCUGAUCUUCCCGGAGCAUGGACACGGCCUCCGGCGGCAGAAGAGGGACUGGGUCAUCCCCCCUAUCAACUGCCCUGAGAAUGAGCCGGGACCCUUCCCCAAGAAGCUGGUCCAGAUCAAAUCCAACAAGGACAAGGAGACCAAGGUUUUCUACAGCAUCACGGGGCAGGGAGCGGAUACCAUCCCCGUGGGUGUCUUCAUCAUCGAGCGGGAGACGGGGUGGCUGGAGGUGACAAAACCCCUGGACCGGGAGGAGAAGGACAAAUACGUGCUCUACUCCCACGCCGUGUCGGCCAACGGGCAGCCCGUGGAAGACCCCAUGGAGAUCAUCAUCACCGUCACUGACCAGAACGACAACCGGCCCGUCUUCACCCAGCAAGUCUUCGUCGGCUACAUUGAGGAGAACGCAAAGCCAGGCACAUCUGUGAUGACCGUGAACGCUACGGAUGCAGAUGAUGCGAUCAAUGUGAACAACGGCAUCAUCGGCUACUCCAUCCUCAGCGAGGAGCCCAAGGGUGCCCAGCGCAUGUUCACCAUCAAUGCCGAGAAGGGCAUCAUCAGUGUCAUUGGCACAGGACUGGAUCGGGAGACCACUCCCAACUACACGCUGAUCAUCCAGGCUGCAGACCAGGAAGGCACUGGCCUGACCAACACUGCCACUGCCAUCAUCAAAGUCACUGAUGCCAAUGACAACCCUCCCGUCUUCGACCCCUCCACGUAUGAGGAGGCAGUGGACGAGAACGAGGUGGGGGUGCUGGUGGCCCGGCUGCAUGUGACAGACCAGGACCUGCCAGGCUCCCCGGCCUGGCGCGCCGUCUACCGCAUCCAGAGCGGGGACCCACAGGGCAACUUCGAGAUCACCACUGACCCCAAAACCAACGAUGGGCUCCUGAAAACUGCCAGGGGCCUGGAUUAUGAGACCCAGAACCGGUACAAGCUCGUGGUGUCAGUGCAGAACGAGGUCCCCUUCACCGUGGCCCUGAAUCCUGCCACAGCCAAUGUCCUGGUGGUGGUCAGGGACGUGAAUGAAGCCCCGAUCUUCAUACCCCCAGUGAAGCAGGUGGAGGUGAUGGAGGAUGUGCCAGUGGGAUACCAGGUCACCUCCUACACAGCCCAGGACCCCGACAAGGACCAGAGACAGAAAAUCACGUAUCGCAUGGGCAGCGACCCUGCAGGGUGGUUGGCCAUUGACCCUGAGAACGGCAUCGUCACGGCAGCCCAUCCACUGGACCGGGAGUCAGCACAUGCCAUCAACAGCACCUACAAGGCCAUCGUCCUGGCCGUGGACAAUGGGUCACCAAACUACGGCACCGGCACGGGGACGCUGCUCCUCCUGCUUCAGGAUGUGAACGACAACGGGCCCGUGCCGGAGCCCCGCAGCUUCGACAUCUGCAACCGGCAGCCCGAGGAGCAGACGCUGAAGAUCAUCGACAAGGACCUGCCUCCCAACACCCACCCCUUCAAGGCAGAGCUGAUGCACGGCUCCGGCAGCAACUGGACUGCCAGCAUGGUGCAACCAGACGAGGUGAAGCUGAGCAUGAAGAAGGAGCUGGAGCCGGGCGAGUACAGCAUCUUCCUGAAGCUGCUGGAUGCGCAGGGCAAGGAUCAGAUCACGGCAGUGCGAGCCCAGGUGUGCAGCUGCGAGGGGCCAGCCAAGAACUGCGAGCGGCGAGCGUACAUCUCCGGUGGCAUGGGCGUGCCCGCCAUCCUGGGCAUCCUGGGGGGCAUCCUGGCGCUGCUCAUCCUCCUGCUGCUGCUGCUGCUCUUCGUGAGGAGGAGGAAGGUGGUGAAGGAACCACUGCUCCCCCCCGAGGAUGACAUGAGGGACAAUGUGUACCACUACGACGAGGAGGGCGGUGGCGAGGAGGACCAGGACUACGACCUGAGCCAGCUGCACCGGGGGCUGGACGCCCGGCCCGAGGUGAUCCGCAACGACGUGGCCCCUCCGCUCAUGGCGGCCCCGCAGUACCGGCCCCGCCCCGCCAACCCCGACGAGAUCGGCAACUUCAUCGACGAGAACCUGAAGGCGGCCGACACGGACCCCACGGCCCCGCCCUACGACUCGCUGCUGGUGUUCGACUACGAGGGCAGCGGCUCGGAGGCCACCUCGCUCAGCUCCCUCAACUCCUCGGCCUCCGACGGCGACCAGGACUACGACUACCUCAACGACUGGGGCGGCCGCUUCCGCAAGCUGGCCGAGCUCUACGGCGGCGGCGAGGAGGACGAUUAGGGACCCCCA